UCCCCUCUCUUCACCCCCUCCUAUUACUCAUCAAUGGCUCAAAGUUAACGGACGUGUAUAUUGUUUUUCUUGUGCUAUAAUUGCGUUAAUGAUGGGUUUCUAGUUCCAAAAGUUCGCACACGUGCGUGUGCCUUCACAUAUAAUAUAAAAAUGUUUGCCGACAUGGCGCCCUCAACGGACAGCUUUGUCCUUCGACAAUCAUCACCACAACCGGACCUUGUCAUCUCCCCGCUUGUACUUAAUCCUGUGAGUGCCCAACACAUCUCCAAGAAUGAGUGCGAGCGUAUGGGAUUGGUCGGCGGCUUCGGCCGACGGCCUUCUCACCACUGAAGAGUGCUCUUUGCUGCUCGAUGUUGACGUAUUCGACGAUGAUCUGCUUAAGACCCUGCCGAACGCUGCGCCGAAGGUGGAGCCGUCCCGCUUCCAGCUGCACGACGACAUCUCGGCCAGCCUGUACCCCCCCUCCCCCCCGGAGACCAAGCCCAGCCGCGCAGAGCUCGCCAGCGACCUUCUGCAACAGAUAGAAAACCAGUGCAAACAAGAAAACAUCUUCCCGAACUGGCUGGAGGAGAAGGUGGAGCUUCCCAUCUUCGAGAACAUUUCUCAAGUGCCGGAGCGGGUGGAGGUGCCGCUCCCGGUUACCGGGCCGCAGUACGGCGCGCCGCAACACACGGAGGAGUUGUUGCGCGAGUUCGAAACCGUGUACGGCGCCGUGGAGCUGACGCACCUGACGCCGCCGCAGAGCCCUCCCGGGCCCGCCACGCAGCUGCUGCUUAGCUACGCGCAGCAGGCGCAGUGCGCGCCGCAGCACGAGCCCUGGCAGCUGGCGCCCGCCGCGCUCGCGCCCGCCUUCGACAGCGAGUUGCAGGCGGUGGACGAGCUGGUCCGCCACCGCGCCGCCGAGCUCGCCUCGCCGCAGCCCUCGGGCGCCAGCAGCAGCGCAUCCCCGCGCAGCUCGCCGCCGUCCUCACCGCGCUCUUCGUGCACGGAUGAGGAGUGGGCUGCGCCCUCGCGCCCAAAGCCUUACUCGCGCUCCACAGACGACCGCCGCUCCCGCAAGAAGGAGCAGAACAAGAACGCGGCGACGCGGUACCGCCAGAAGAAGAAGGCGGAGAUCGAGGUGCUGCUCACCGAGGAGCAGUCGCUACGCCAGCGCCACUCCGACCUCGGCGAGAAGUGCUCCGACCUGCAGCGCGAGAUCCGCUAUCUCAAAGGGCUUAUGCGCGAUCUCUUCAAGGCCAAAGGCCUCAUAAAGUAAAACCAUAUUGACCGCCGCCUCCAGCGAAAGAAUAAGUUUCCGGCGACACUACGGCGUGCGCUGAAGCGAGUACCGUUCAAAAGAAGUUAAUGUUUAAAGGAGAUUUUUGAAGAUUAAUAUUAUCUUGUUUAGUUAAACGUUUAAGUUUGCCUUUUAUGUUUGUAUCUCAAAUAAGCAGAUCACUUUUACUUCGAGCAGCAUUCUCACUCACGUAAUCAGUCGAGGGAUAACAACAUCGAGUUACCUUAACAUCAUAAAGGUGGCGCCAUUUUAUCAUCAUUCAUCAUCAUGUAGACAAUAGGUCGCAUUCAUAUAGAAACUAUGGAAAUGUGAAUUAUAUUUUUUAAUUGUACCUGAAAUCGACGUAUUUGUUUUUAAAUGUUCCAAAUUGUUAUUGUACUUAGUGCAAACCAAUGCAAUUCCUGUUUUUAAUGUUUUACCUAAGGAACUUCAAGUUUUAUCAAUGUAUUGACUGUUCUAUUUUCAUGAAAUAUAUGGAAUGCGACGGCGGA